UCGCGCACACAAUAUAAUCAAUGAUCCGCGCGAAACGGUUCUUUUCCCUUUUGUCCGGCCAUCUCCUCUCUGUCGCUCGUUACCGUAGUCACGUAACCAGGUGUGCCGAUCAUUUCUCGUAACAUAAAACAACCAAUCCGGUCGGUGCGCGCGGACCACAUUACAAUAAUAAUAAAAAUAUAAUAGUCCGUCGCCGAGUGCAAUCGGACACCCGCGCCGCGACCGCGUCCCGCCUAUAUAGUCGCCGCCGCCGCCGCUUCACCGUCAACCACUGACGCACGCCGUAGCGUCGCGCUCUCCGAUCACGCAGUAACGACGCGACGUUACCGACCGACGCACCGGACGGACGGACACGAUCAAUAACGCGGGCCGCGCGUCCCGUUGCCGUACAUCGAAAAUAAUAAUAACGUCCGCUGUCGUGGUGCACGUAAUUUUUCGUCGCCCUCCCGACUCCCCUGCUCCUGACCGCGAGCGACCGCCACCUUUCUUGACGAUAAUAUAUCACUGCCGUCAGAAUAGUUAAGGAAGGCACUAUCUACUAUCGAUAGUAAUAGUAGUUACAGUCCCUACCCGUUUCGCCGCCGCCGCCACCGGAGACCCGGGUGUUCCACCGAUGACGCCGCCACCACCGCCGCCGCCGACGGGGUAGUUUCUCGCGCGUCUUAUCAUGACGACGUUCCGUCGCCGUCGUGCUAUCGUUGUUGUUGCUGUCGCGGUCGACGACAACGGUGCUCGUACGUCGUGCCUGGACUUGUUGUCCUGCUGAACGGGCACUCGUAACCGGUCACCGUCCGUCUGCGGCGCGUUAUCAAUACGCUUGUACACUUAAGCCCCUAAUGACCAAAUAAAACUAGCAAGUUAUAAACUUAACUAACAGUUCCAAAGCAUAUUGUAACUUGAGUAUUAUAUAUUAAUUAAAUAAGUUAACAAUGUCUUCUGAAGAUCUGUUACAACCAGGACAUAUAGUAAAGGAAAGGUGGAAAGUUGCCAGAAAAAUUGGUGGUGGUGGUUUUGGAGAAAUUUAUGAAGGUCAAGAUCUUGUGACUAAAGAAUUAAUAGCUUUAAAAGUAGAAUCUGCUCGCCAACCAAAACAGGUCUUAAAAAUGGAAGUCGCUGUAUUAAAAAAAUUGCAAGGUAAAGAACAUGUUUGUCGAUUUAUUGGCUGUGGAAGAAAUGAACGUUUCAAUUAUGUUGUAAUGCAGUUACAAGGUAAAAAUUUAGCAGAGUUGAGAAGGGCACAACCAAGAGGUGCUUUUUCAUUGUCUACUACUUUAAGAUUAGGCGUUCAAAUUUUAAAAGCUAUAGAAAGUAUUCAUGAAGUUGGAUUUUUACAUAGAGAUAUUAAACCUUCAAAUUUUGCUAUCGGAAGACUUUAUCAAAAUGCCCGAUGUGUUUUCAUGUUAGACUAUGGUUUAGCUAGGCAAUUUACAACAGCUAAUGGAGAAGUUAGAACUCCUAGAACUGCUGCAGGUUUUCGUGGUACUGUCAGAUAUGCUUCAUUGAAUGCUCACAAAAAUAAAGAAAUGGGAAGACAUGAUGAUUUAUGGUCAUUAUUUUAUAUGUUGGCUGAAUUUGUAAAUGGUCAGUUACCUUGGAGAAAAAUUAAAGAUAAAGAACAGGUUGGUGUAAUGAAAGAAAAUUAUGACCACCGUUCUCUCCUUAAACAUCUUCCAUCAGAUCUACGUCAAUUUCUGGAACAUAUUCAGUCUCUUGAAUAUGCGGACAAACCAGAUUAUAACAUGUUGACUAGUCUUUUUGAACGUUGUAUGAAACGACGUGGAGUUAAGGAAUCUGAUCCAUUUGAUUGGGAAAAGCCUACUGAAACAGUUCAACCAGCAGUAACAGUUAGUGUUAUUACAAAUAAUACAACUCCAAUUAUAUCCAGACCAAUCACUUGCACAUCAUAUGGUGCAGAAAUCAAUAAUCAGCUAGUUACUUCCACAGUAGAUAAUGAACAAGAAGAAGAACCAGACAAUACAAAAAUUACUCCAGAGGAGCAAGUACAAUGUGAUAAUAAUAUAAUUUACCGACGUGCCCAAAAACUUGAAACUGAUGCAACUAAUAUAGGUUCCAAUAAAAUUAUUUCUACUAAUAAAAAUUGUUAUGCUUCAUCUAGUACACCAUUAGAUCAUUUACCAGUACCCAAAAGCUCUCCAAAGAAAAUUGUUCAGCGAAGAGCUGUUUCUAUGCCUGGUUUGGAAAGAGAAACAGAAAUUUUAGAAGCCUCUAAACGUAAUUCUUCUCAAACUACUGUAGAUUCUGGAUUUCCAGCAACACCAUUAAACAAUGAAGGUAUUGCUACUUCAGAUGUAGGCAAUAUAAACACUUCAACAUCAGUGGUUACAACACAAGAAGCUAACAAAGUUACAACAGCUGGCUCUCCUAUAGUUGAAGCAGAUAGUAUUAUAAACCAAAUAAAAAAAGAACAACGCAGUUUACAUUUUGCUCGUCGUCAAGCUACUCCUAAUAGACAAAUUUUAAAGUCGACUACUACUACAAGAGAUGUUACUUACACUCAGUUUGCAGUAAUUGAUGAUGAUAAUAUAUCUGCUAUGCAACAAGUCACAAGAGGCGGAGGGGGACUCACUCUAAUGUCACAGUGGAAAUCACAAUUUGAUGAUUCUGAAGAAACUGAUAACGAAUGGAAAGGUGAACAUCUUCAAAGCCCUGAACAUAGAUUGAGUUUACAUGGUGUUUCUCUCAGUGGAAAAGAAAACUCUUCUCCUCAUUACCUAAACAGUUUAUGUAAAACUCCAGAUAAGAUAACUGGUAGGGAUCAGUUAGUAAAAUGUUUUUCAAAAUGUAAUGAAAAUUUAUUACAUAAUUCAGUUUUAUCUCGAGCUUGGAGUGAAAUACAAAUUGCCACCAAAAUAAGAACAAACCUUGAACCACCGUGGUUACAAGAAGCUGUACUUGAUGAUAUUGUGUAUGAACUUGAUACUACCAGAAAUAUAGCUGUAAGGAACUCAGAAAAAAGUAUUUCAAAGAAAUUACAAAGAUCUGUCAGUUUAGUCAAUAUUAGUAUGAGUAUUAUUCCUAAAAAAGAAUUUCAAACUCAGUUUAUACGACAAACAAAAAUGAAAUUAAAAGUUCCUUCAUUGCAAGUUACCACUAACACAACCAGAUCUUCCAAUGAUGGUGAUGAAUUAUCGGGGAAAUUAUUUGCCGAUGAAUCUCUAAAAAAUGGAAAUGAUGUGUCUGAAAAUUGUCCCAUGGAAACAGUUUCUGGAAAAUUGGAAAUAAGAGUCGUUGAUCGUCAUCUAAAUGGUAAUGAUAAUUACUAUGAUAUGACCAACUCAAAACCAACUGUAUGUUUUGAAGAAGACGAUGAAGCUCACCGAAAAUGGGCUAGAAACCGGAACAGUGAUGCUAUGAAUAUUAAUGGAAAGCAUUUUGAUGAAAACGAAUUAUCUAACAUAAGUAUUAAAUCAUUAACCUCUUCCGAUCAAAAUAAUAAAAUUUCAGAUCAUAGCAGAAGUAAAAAACCACCUCAACCCACAAUACUCAAUAAAAACAGUAAAAUUCCACUUCCUGUCAACUUGAAAUUAACUGAAUCGAAUGAAAUAAAUAUAGCAAUGUAUAGUGAUGAAUCCAAAUCUAGUGCUACUAGUAAUAGUGGAAAACAAUUAUCAGAAGCACUUUUGAAAAGCCGUGGCCAAAAUUUACUCACAGAUGUGCGUAGUAAACCACCACCUGCUUCUGAUGAUAUUGAUGAUCAAUAUACCCCAGGUCUUAGAAGACGUCGACAACUUCAAGAUAAAUAUGUUACUGAUCCAUCUCAAUUAAAUUUACGAUUUCAAAGACCUCAAAUGAGAAGGUCCAGAGAAUCAUACUAUAGAUCUAGGUUAUCUGGUAGUCAAGAUGACAAUACCGGAUUAUUUUCAAAUUAUAGACCUGUGUCAGGAUCAUCGAGUAGAAGUCUUGAACGAAAUUAUGAGACUGAUAUUUUAUCAUCUCCUACCCUUAUACCGCCGCCGAGUAUGUACUCGUCGGAUGUACAAAAUCUUGUUGAAAAUAAUGCUAGAUGUCGUCGGUAUCAAAUUUUUAAACCUACUGAGCUUGCGAGGGAUUAA